UCUCUCUCUCAGUGUAAGGCGGAGCAUCCUCCGCAUCAGACAGUGAUGGAUGAGCAGCAGCAGGUCACAAUAAAACACACAUCCUCCUCCUCCAGGUCCUGAGGCAUCUUCUCUGCGGUCUCAUCCCAGCCCGACUGCACAGUCUUCCUUUACAGUUGAUUUCAGAGUGCCGCAUGCGGGCAAAGGCAAAAAAGUGGGGGUUGGGGGCGAACAAAUGGCCAGGAAAAGAAGCGACGGAUGAAAGGAUGCUCAAUGACUGAAUGACCAGCCGCUCAUUUGCAGGUUUAUCCUCCACCAACAUCCACAAUGGAGUCCACCCAUCUCCUGGGAGGUGCUAAGAAGCGGGUAAAGAUCCACCCUCACACCGUCACAGCCAAGUAUGCCACGCAGGCCCCCUACUCCCCACAACCCGGCGUCCACACGCACUUCCCCCAGCCCGGCGACGAGGGCUAUGACGACGCCCCGUCCUUUGAGGACUUCGGCUCCUUCCUGGAGGAGACGUCGGACAAGAAGCGGCUGACCGAAGCAAAAAGGUGGCCGCUGUCUCUGUUUGGCUCCAAAGACAAGGACAAGACCGUCGCCCCUAGACCUCCGGUUGGUGGGGAAGGAGGAGCCAGGGCCGCUAAAGGAGUCGGGGAGCAACUGGCCAGUUUCGGGGAGGCCUCGGUGUCAGCGUCGCGGCUCACCUGGGUUGGGCUGCUAGGGGCGGCGCUAGCUAACGGCUGUGUCAUUGUUCUAACCCGGGCAGCCUCGGAACGGUUUAACCUGGGCCCCCUAUUUCUCCUCUUGGUUCGGUCUGUGGUUCAGCUUCUGUCGGUGGCUGUGCCCCUGUACAAGGGGGAGAACCCAUUCGGACCUGAAGGCUACCGCCUCCGUCUGCUGUGUUAUGGUGUUGCAUACUCACUGUCCUUAUGCUGCGCUUACUCCUCCUUGAGCUUCACCUCUCCUGAGGACGCCGCCCCUGCUUGGCGCCUGGCCACCACGGUGCUGUCCGCCACGCUGGCGUUCCUGUUGCUGGAGGAGCGUCUGGGUUUAGCAGACAGUAUUACCCUGGCAGCGGGGCUAUGCGGUUUGGGGGUUCUCCUGCUUCCUACUGUGGAUGAAAGUAAUUCUGAUUCCCCGACAGACCCCGUGGUAUUCUGGAAGGGCGCGUUUGGGUGGUCACUGUCGGCCCUGGCGGGGCUGUGGAUGGCCCUGGCCCUGGUGGGGUACCGAUCUCUGAAGGAGAGGGUGGGCGUGGCUACGGCUCUUUUCACAGUGAGCUGGACGGGUUGCGUGCUCACCCCAGCCUCGUUGGCCUUGCUCCAGGAGGGCUGGUCCUGGCCAUCCGAUGCACCCGGUUGGUCCCUGGUGGCGGCUUUGGUGGUCUGCUCGACCGCCGCCUUCCUAGGGAUGACGCACGGGCUCGCUCGCAUCCACCCGGCACUGGUGUCGGCCAGUCAGAGCCUGGAGGCGCCCCUGGCUACAACGGCCCACCUUGCCAUGAUGCGGCUGGCCCCCGGUGCCCCCGAGGUAGUCGGUAACGCCAUGGUGGUCCUAAGCGUCGGCUGGUUGGUGACCAUGAAGCUGUUGCCGUCUCGCGCGGCCAGCCGGCGUCAUCGGGAAGAAUACGAGGAGAUUUUAGACUCACCCAUUAAAUAAGACACUUUCAUCAUUGUGCGCUUUAGUGCCUCCAGCAAGCACAACGUUUGAUUCAGGAGGUUAUGUAAUGAUUGCCAUUUGUUUGCUCUAUGAAAAAAUUGACUUUGCGGUUUUCCAUGCAAUUUUUGAAAGCAACACUAGGUAACUUUUGAACCUUUGUCAAAUAUCUUCAUAACGUGUGAUAACACAGUAUGUUGACUGACAACUAGUUGAAUGACACCUCUUUUAUAUCUUGGGGGGGUCUGUAUCGUAGUGACGGGAUCUGUCGUUCACUUGAGUAAACGAAUCCAUUCCGGUUCGUUCAGUAAAACGAUUCGUUCAAACGAAUCGUUCAACGAAUCGUUCGCCCCCCUCAUCUCCCUCCCCACCCAAAUGAAUCGUUCGGUUAGUGAACGGGAAGUGACGUUGCCGAACGAAUCCCCAAAGACCGCUUCGCAGUAUAACUGAACGGGAAGUGACAUUGCUUGGUCCCUCCCUCUCUUGCACAUUGACCACUCGUCGUAGUUUCAGAAAUGAAUGACAGGCGAUAUCAUUCUGCUCUCAGAGACAGCCUCGUCUCCCUCCCGCUGCUGCAAAAGCGAGGGAGAACUUCCGCGUCGUCUGUCCUAGUUUAAUGGGAUCAAAGUCAUGGCUCGUGCUUGCAUUUCGAUUGAGGACACGGUUAAACAUUUUCCUUUUGUGGGGGGAGCGGGGGGUUGGGGUCGGGGGCGCACGGACUUUCUUUAGCAUGAUCUUGCUCACAUAUACAAUGCUGCUGCUAACAGCCAACGCGGCAUGCCUGCUGUCACGAAAACAAAAAUAAAUCGAAAGUUUAAUUUCUAAUUAUGGAACGGCCAACACAUCAUAUUAACCUCUCGCUCUGUUGUAUUUUUGUUUUUUAUUAUUAAGAUGAUCGUUUUGAAUUUUUGCACUGGUAUUAAUAAAUAAAAUAAUCCGGUCAGCUCCCCUGUCGUCCCCGCAUCUCAGAUCGUCAAAUGCUGACGAGAAAUAAUUGUUUGCUUUAUGAUUUCGCCUUUCUACUCUCAUUAGUCUGUUAAGAAAAAUGUAGACAUAUUGCGACAUCUCCCGUGUCCGCGCGCUUUGUUUUUGGGGCGCUUGAGUAGCACAUGAUGGACGGAUUGACAUAAUUUGUCAAACCAACCGACACCCUCUGACACGAAAAAAAAAAAAAAAAAACCACUCGGAAAAAAUUGACAUGUAUAUACAGUUUCAUUGCAAAUCAGUAUUAUGGUGAU